UCUCUCUCCCUCCCUCUCUCUCUCUCUCUCUCUCCCGGUCUUCCUUCUCCCUCUCUUCGAUUUUGCAAGAAAACAACACCUGAAAGUUUCAUAUAAUUCUCAAGAUUUUUGUGGAAUUUGUUGAAGAAACCUUGAAUGAGCAGCAUAUUCGAAGGUUGCUUACCCUAGAAGAAGGAAUAAUGAGCGACCAAUUGUUUACUAUAAGGAUCAAUUGUAAAGGGAGAUUCACAAAUGGUGCUGAAGAGUAUGUCGGAGGGGUGGUUUCUGUUUUGCCAGACAUUAUAAAUUGACAAAUUGAAUAAAUGUAAGAAUGAAGGACAACGGUUCAGAGAAUAGUUCAAUGCUUAACAGAAACUGGGUGUUGAAACGAAAGCGUAGAAAGCUUCCAGCUAAGUUUAGAGACAAAGGCAAAGUCAACAACUCUGUAGAGCUGAAAGAGGAUGAUAGUCUCGAUCAACGUUCUGGCAAGAGGAAAGGCAAUGAUGGAUAUUAUUACGAGUGUGUGGUCUGUGAACUUGGUGGAGAGUUGCUUUGUUGUGAUACAUGUCCCCGUACUUAUCAUCUUCAGUGUUUAGAUCCUGCUUUGAAGAAUAUUCCAAACGGGAAGUGGGAAUGCCCAACUUGCUGUUCUGAACAUUCAUGUAUGGAGAGCAUGAACCAACUAGAACCUAUUUCAAAACGCGCACGGACGAAAAUCAUCAUCCGUAGAUCAAAAACCGAGUCUGGAUCGUCUGCAUCUGACAAGGCUAACCAAGCAUCUGAAACUCCUAUUCUUGGUAAGAAAAGGUAUUCCGACAAAGGAAAAUUGCCUUUAUCUCGUCGAAGUCGAACAGUUGAGAAGUUGGAAUCUUUAUCCAAUAACAUUUGUGGUAAUGAUCCCGUUGAAGAUGGUUCUCUGGAUGCUGGUUCAUCUUAUGCUGAUGUUAAGAAGAAAAAAUUAGUGUCUCAAUUGCAUAUACAAGCAGAGAAGUCAAUUACCCCUGUUAAAAGAUCUUUAUCUUCGUCGAAGAAAAAAAAGUCAAAGAUGAAAGAGGCAUCUCCUGAAGUAAAUAAUGAGACAUCUAUUGUGGAGUUUUCACCAGGAAGCGAACCUGUCCUUGCAUUGGAAGCUGCCACCCCAGUACCCAGAAAAAGAAAGCAUAAUAAAGCUUACUCCCAUGAUACCGAAAAGAAGUCAAAGACCAACAAUGCCAAAUCGUGUUCAGAUACUAAGAAGAAGAAAGGUCUGCUCAAAUCAAAGAACAACAACAAUAAUGGCAAAUCUUCACAGCCAAAACGUAAAAUAGCUGCCUGUGCAGAUAUGGUCAAUAUCCUCCUGAAGGAUGAUGAGAUGGUUGAAGAAGCAGCCCAUGAUUCACUUGAAUCACAGGACGCUGUGAAAAUUACUGUUGAACCCUUGAGAUAUGAAGAUAAUGCUACUGGAAUUCUACAGCAGGUUGAUCGAGUUGUUGGUUGUCGAAUCCAUGGUGAUAAUGUUGAUUUUGGUUGUAAUGCGGUGGUCAAUGACGAUGACCCACCUUUAGCAGAUUCAUUAGUUGCAGAACAUCCCAGUAAAUCUGAUGAGGAAAAUCCGGAUGUGUUCGAUGUAGGAAACUCAGCUGAUGAUCCUCAAGAUAUUGCCAACUGUUCUGGUGUGGAAAGGAACAUACAAGAUAUUAUGAACAAAGACAAGCUUCAAGUGUACACAAGAUCAGUAGCCAAAGAAUGUAAAGAAAUUGACUGUUCUAGUUCCAUGGUAGUACAAGAAAACAAAAGUCAAGAUGACAAUAUCUCGUCCACCAGUGCAGCAGCCAAAACUGUCGAGAAGGUUCCAGCAAUUGAGAAUGCCGAUAUAGUCUUAGAGACUUGUACCAGUAAUGAUAAAGGAAUCACAAAUGAGGAUGUAGAGGAUAAAAAAAUGACGACUACUUCUAAAAAGAAAUUAGUAGGUUCCGAUAUCUCAUAUGAGUUUUUGGUAAAGUGGGUGGGCAAAUCUCAUAUACAUGACAGUUGGAUUCCUGAGUCUGAGCUGAAGGUGUUGGCUAAACGGAAACUGGAGAAUUACAAGGCAAAGUAUGGGACAGCUACAAUGAUUCUGUGCAAGGAACAAUGGAAGUCGCCACAGCGAGUAAUUGCUACUAGGUCCUCCACUACUGAUGGUGUUACUGAAGCAUAUGUAAAAUGGAAUGGUCUUCCUUAUGAUGAAUGUACUUGGGAAAGAGUGGACGAAGCUGCUAUUGCAAAGUCAAUUCACUUGGUUGAUUUGUUCGUCACGUUCGAACGACAAACAUUGGAGAAUGACACUGUCAACCUUGACAGUAGGCACCGGAAGGGUGACCUCCUACAAAACGAGGUACUUACUCUGACAGAACAGCCUAAAGAACUAGUUGGAGGUGCUUUAUUUCCGCAUCAGCUAGAAGCACUGAAUUGGUUGCGUAAAAGCUGGCAUCGAUCAAGAAAUGUAAUACUUGCGGAUGAAAUGGGGCUUGGGAAAACAAUAUCAGCGUGUGCUUUCAUAUCGUCUCUGUACUGUGAGUUUAAAGCUAAACUUCCUUGUCUUGUUUUGGUUCCUUUAUCCACAAUGCCCAACUGGAUGUCAGAGUUUGCGCUGUGGGCUCCUCACCUGAACGUUGUAGAAUAUCACGGUAACACGAGAGCAAGAGCCAUGAUUCGCCAAUAUGAAUGGCAUGCCCAUAAUCCUAAAAGAUUGAAGGAGAAAACAUCUGCAUUCAAAUUCAACGUCCUCUUGACAACGUAUGAAAUGGUUCUAUGUGAUUCCUCUCAUUUACGUGCAGUUCCUUGGGAAGUUCUUGUGGUUGAUGAGGGUCACCGUCUUAAAAAUUCUAGCAGUAAGCUGUUUGGCUUGCUGAAUACAUUUUCAUUCCAGCAUCGAGUACUGUUGACUGGUACUCCUCUUCAGAACAACAUAGGGGAGAUGUACAAUCUGCUCAACUUCUUGCAGCAAGCUUCAUUUCCUUCCCUCUCUUCAUUUGAGGAGAAAUUUAAUGAUCUAACAACUGCAGAAAAAGUUGAGGAGCUGAAGAAACUUGUUGCUCCGCAUAUGCUUCGUAGACUUAAAAAGGAUGCUAUGCGGGAUAUCCCCCCCAAGAUUGAACGAGUAGUCCCUGUUGAGCUGUCAUCUAUUCAGGCAGAAUAUUAUCGUGCGAUGCUUACAAAGAACUACCAGGUAUUACGCAACAUAGGGAAAGGGGCUCCCCAGCAAUCAAUGCUGAACAUAGUGAUGCAGUUAAGGAAGGUCUGCAAUCAUCCUUAUCUCAUUCCAGGUACUGAGCCUGAAUCUGGAUCAAUGGAAUUUCUUCACGAAAUGAGAAUAAAAGCGUCGGCCAAGCUGACUCUGCUGCAUUCUAUGCUUAAAGUGUUGCACAAAGAUAACCACAGAGUUCUUAUCUUUUCACAGAUGACCAAAUUACUUGAUAUACUUGAGGAUUACUUGAAUAUAGAAUUUGGUCCUAGGACAUUCGAAAGAGUUGAUGGCUCCGUUUCUGUGGCUGAACGACAAGCUGCAAUAGCACGUUUUAACCAAGACAAGAGUCGCUUUGUGUUCCUGCUAUCAACACGCUCGUGUGGCCUUGGCAUCAACUUAGCAACUGCUGAUACCGUUGUUAUAUAUGAUUCUGAUUUCAACCCACAUGCCGAUAUCCAAGCUAUGAAUCGAGCUCAUAGAAUAGGGCAGUCAAAAAGACUUCUUGUGUAUAGGCUUGUUGUGCGUGCUAGUGUUGAAGAGCGUAUCUUGCAGCUAGCAAAGAAAAAGCUGAUGCUUGACCAACUCUUUGUGAACAAGUCUGGAUCACCGAAAGAGGUGGAAGACAUCCUAAAGUGGGGAACAGAAGAACUUUUUCAUGAUAAAUCUAAUAUGACUGGAAAAGAUGGUGAAAACGAUGAAGCAAUUGCAGAGAUAGAGCCUAGUACUAGUAGUAGUAGUAGGAGAAGAACUGGUGGCCUUGGAGAUGUAUACCAAGACAAAUGUGCUGAUGCUAGUAACAAGAUUGUCUGGGAUGAAAAUGCUAUUAUGAAAUUGCUCGACCGCUCAAACAUUCAGUCUGGUUCACCAGAUAAUGCUGAAUCAGGAUUAGAAAAUGACAUGCUUGGUUCCGUCAAGUCACUGGAAUGGAAUGACGAAUUAACAGAAGAACAAGUUGGGAACGUAUCAGCUGCUGAGGCAAUUAAUGACACAAGUGAAGAGAUUUCUGAAAAGAAAGCUGCUGAUAAUUUGGUUGGCACAAAUGAACAAAAUGAAUGGGACAGGCUUCUGCGAGUUAGAUGGGAAAAAUAUCAAACCGAGGAGGAAGCAGCUCUUGGCCGAGGAAAACGCCAACGAAAAGCUGUUUCUUACCGAGAGGCAUAUGUAGUUCAUCCUAGUGAAGCACUGAAUGAAGGUGGUGGUGUCGAAGAGGUGGCACCAGAGCGUGAACCAGAGCCCGAGCGUGAGUACACACCAGCAGGACGAGCUCUUAAAGAAAAAUUCGGCAAGCUUCGUGCAAGACAAAAGGAAAGACUGGCUAGGAGAAAUGUAAAUGAACCGCCGCCCGUUUCUGUUCAGGGACCAUAUGUGCAGCUGCCAGGUUCAAUUCCUCAAGAACAAAUACAAACGGCUCAGCCUGCUGAAGAACAAUCUUCAGUUGUUGCUGCUUGGGAGGAUAGGAAUCUUAUUGGCCAAUCCACGAAUGGCAUCACUGACUCAACCCUCAAGCUGGGAAGGAUGAUGUCUAACCAGAAACCUUCUCGUUUAGAUCUUCCAGAUACAUCUAGAGGGCAUUUUCCAGAAUAUUCCAGGGACAAUGAUCAGUUACUUGAUGCGAUGCGGAGCAACUUGCUGCCGGUUAUUGGACUCUGUGCACCAAAUGCUCCUCCUAACAAUAAAACAGAGUUGCUGCAGCGAAAACUCCCAAAACCUUACCAAAGGCAAUUCAAACACGGGCUCGGGCUGGAGUUCCCGUUAAAUGAGAUGACUGGUAAAGGUAACGAGUCGAUGCCAGCCCAACAACAUAUGUUGCCUGAUCACUUGCCUCAGGUGCAGCACAUGAAGACUGAUCAAUAUAUGCCCUUUACGCCACAGCAUUCCUUGAAUAUCCGGAAAGGUAAAGGGCCUGCAACAGAGCAUUCGUGGAACUCUAGUGCAGCUUUUUCGAAUUUUCAAGAGAAAAUGCUAUUGCCCAAGCUACCAUUUGACGAGAAGUUGCUACCUAGAUAUUCAUUUCCUGGUGGAAACUUGCAGCCAAGUACAACUCCUGAUUUGUUCCCAAGCCUAUCUCUGGGAUCAAGAGUUCCAGAGCCCACCACUGUACAUGAUAUGCCUGUGCUGCCAUUGUUGCCGAAUCUCAAAUUUCCACCAGAUAUGGCAAAGUAUGAGAUGCCUCCUCCAGCUUUGGGUUCAUUCUCGUCAUUUCCUGAAAACCACAGGAAGGUUCUUGAGAAUAUCAUAAUGAGAACUGGAGGUGGGUCGUCGAGCAGCAACCUGCUGAAAAAGAAAUCAAAAAUAGAUAUAUGGUCUGAGGACGAGCUUGAUUAUCUGUGGAUAGGGAUUCGUAGACAUGGAAGGGGCAAUUGGGAGUCAAUGUUAGUAGAUCCCAGGUUGAAGUUCUCAAAGUUCAAAACUGCAGAGGAUUUGUCAGCAAGGUGGGAGGAAGAACAACUCAAGAUCAUCGAUGGGACAAAGUCUAUGAUGCCUCCUCCUCCUCCUCCUCCUCCUCCUCCUCCAAAGUCUGCAAAUGCAAUGGUUUCUGAUGGUAUGAUGGCACGAGCAGCAAUGCUCGGGAAUUGCUCAGAAGGUAUGAUGGCACGAGCAGCAAUGCUCGGGAAUCGCUCAGAAGAAGGAAUGAUGGCACGGGCAUUGCACGGAACAAAGUAUGAUGGGGGGCCGCCGCCUCUGAGAUUUCAGACACAUUUAACGGAUAUGAGACUGGGUCUUGCAGGUCUACCACCAUCGUCUGAUGAACCACUUGUGAAUAUGUUCCAGGCUAAGUUUUCCAGAGACUUUUUUGCAGCAGGAACCAGUGAAAGUAGUACCCUUAUGAAUUCACCUCCGUUUCUGCUGGAUUCACUAGGAGGUACUAGUUGUUUGGAUUCUCUCGGGUUGCAGCAAAGAAUGAUGAAGCAAAGAAUGGAUGUAACUACUGGGUUGGGAAUAUUGCCUCCUGCUGGCCUUAGUAAUAAUCUGGUUCCGGAUUAUUACAAAUCAAAGGGAAAGGAGGAAGAGGCUGCUGCUAUGUCCAUGAAAGGUGGGGCACUGCCACACUGGCUUCGAGAAGCAGUAAUAAAAGAUCCUCCACCAGGUAAAAAACCCCGGUCUGAGCUGCUGCCUCCAACUUUAUCUGCAAUUGCACAAUCUGUUCGUGUAUUGUAUGGAGAAGGUUGCUCCCAAAUUCCUCCAUUUGUAGUCCCAGGACCAACUCCACCUAAGCCUAUGUAUCCUCUGCAUGAUCUGAAAAACAAACAAAAGAAGAAGAAGAAGAAGAAAAAGUCAAAGAUACCAAGUACGAUGAUUGUUGGUUCGACCUCUUCUCCAGUGCAGCAGCAAAAGUCAGAAGGGGAUGAUGCAAUAGCAACUGCAGCAGCUUCGGAUGAGAAAAUAAUGAGUGAAGAUGGUGGUGUUGAUGAAGGAGGAAUAGUUUCAAACGAGAAGACAGCAAGUGGGGAUUCCAGCAAAACAAAUCCCCCGCAGAAGCAGCAGCCAGAUGGAGAUGGAGAUGGAGAGGAGAUGUCUUCGGAAGGGACGAUAUCAGAUGGUGGUCCUGCAUGAAGCAUUAUAUAUAAUAAGAUUAUUGUAAUUGCAACACAUUAAAUGCUAAUUAUAAUUAUUCGAAACGUCAUUGGUUGAUUGAUUAGCUGACUGGUGAUGGGGCACAACAGUUUUGUAGUGCAUUCCUCCUCCUCAUUGUUGUAAUUAUAGCAGAAGAGUAUGUAGAGUUGUUUUUUUUAGUGUGAGGGUAAAAGUUAAUAA